GUCAUUCUAAGCGCCGGACGGGGCGAGAAGAGACGGACGACGGAGAUGGAGAGGAGCUCUGGCUGACGACUGAUACGCCAGCGCGUCCACAAAGUGGAGACAAAGAUCUGCUGACGGGAGGUUGACACCACAGGAGGGUGUCAGGAGGAGGAGGUGCGUGAGAGUUGACGGAUUUGAUCCGAGUGUUCCGAGCCGCAGCAGCAGGAGUGUGAGGCUGCGUGUCGAGAGCCUCAGCCCGACAGGAAGAGAGAGAAGCCCGCGCGCGGCUGUCAGCGAGUGACGGGUCGUCUCCGGACGCGUGUUGCUCAGCAGCAGCAUGAGGUAACAAGUCAUGUGGGAGGUGAAGCGGAGCUGCGCGACCCAGACUCCCUCAGGAAUAAGGCGAGGUCGUGAUUAAUCUGCCGCUCAUCCGACGGCGUUACUUCCUCUUGAAUGAGGGCUUCAACUGCUGGAGUGGCCACCGGAGUUGCACCAACAAGUCUCGGCGAGGCUCAAACUGGAAACCUUCUGUGUGGAUUACAGGAGUGGAUUUACCCUGGAGCUCCAUGUGGGCCCCGGCCCCUGAGGCCUGGCUGGGAGAUGAAGUCCCCGCUGCUGUAGGCGUGCUGUGGGCUGCCAUGGCCCUGGAGGGGCGCUGUCUCCAACGGGGAUCCCCGCCAAUGAUCGGGAAGAGUUGCCGAAGGCGCGUUACGAAGCCGACCCUGGCUGGGGUCACGUCCACUCUGCUGGCCAGGACUCGCCUGCACGGCCUGAGGCACGUCUGCCUUCCCGGCGGCUCCCUGGGUCGCAGGGCCUUCUGGCUCCUGGCCCUCUGCACCUCCCUGGGGCUGCUCCUGUCCUGGUCCUCCAACCGCCUGCUCCACUGGCUCUCCUUCCCCACGUACACCCGCGUCCACACCGAGUGGGCCAAAGAGCUGGCCUUCCCCGUGGUCACCGUCUGCAACAACAACCCCAUCCGCCUCUACAAGCUCACCAAGAGCGACCUGUACUUCGCCGGCCACUGGCUGGGCCUGCUCCUGGCCAACCGGACGGUGAGGCCCCUGGUGCUGGACCUGCUCCAGGAGGACCGCCGGGCCUGGUUCAGGAAGCUUUCAGACUUUAAGCUUUUCCUGCCGCCGAGAAACUUCGAAGGGACCAAUCUGGAGUUUAUGGACAGACUGAGCCACCAACUGGACGAUAUGCUCCUCUCCUGCAAGUACCGAGGGGAACCCUGCGGCACCCACAACUUCACCUCUGUCUUCACCAGGUAUGGAAAGUGCUACACCUUCAACGCCGCAGAAGACGGGAAGUCGCUGCGCACCACUAUGAAGGGAGGAACCGGGAACGGACUGGAGAUCAUGCUGGACAUUCAGCAGGACGAGUACCUGCCGGUGUGGGGGGACACAGAGGACACGGCGUUUGAAGCCGGCGUGAGGGUCCAGAUCCACAGCCAGGCAGAGCCGCCCUUCGUCCAUGAGCUGGGCUUCGGAGUGGCGCCGGGAUUCCAGACGUUUGUGGCCACACAGGAGCAAAGGCUCACCUACCUGCCUCCCCCGUGGGGAGAGUGUGAGUCCAAGGCUCUGGAGUCGGGCUUCUUCCAGGUGUACAGCGUCACCGCCUGCAGGAUCGACUGCGAGACCCGAUACAUCGUGGAGAACUGCAACUGCAGGAUGGUCCACAUGCCCGGCGACGCUUCUUACUGCACACCGGAGCAGUACAAAGACUGCGCUGAGCCGGCGCUGGCCAAACUCUCAGCUCUGGAGAGCAACGGCUGCAUGUGCCGGACGCCGUGCAACAUGACUCGCUACAACAAAGAGCUGUCCAUGGUGAAGAUCCCCAGCAAGACCUCGGCCCGAUACCUGCAGAAGAAGUUCAACAAGUCGGAGAAGUACAUCUCGGACAACAUCCUGGUGCUGGACGUCUUCUUCGAAGCUCUCAACUACGAGACCAUCGAGCAGAAGAAAGCCUACGAGGUGGCGGGUCUGCUGGGCGACAUCGGAGGCCAGAUGGGGCUUUUCAUCGGAGCCAGCAUCCUCACCAUCCUGGAGCUUUUCGACUACGCUUACGAGGUGGUGAAAGAGCGACUCCUGGACCUCCUGAGCAGAGAAGAAGAAGAGGAGAGUCACGGAGAGGAGGUGAGCUCCUGUGACCCAGUGGCCAAUCACACUGAGUCCAUCAGCCACACGGUGACCAUGCCGCUGCAGGCCACGCUGGAGGAGAUCGCCUGCUGAGGCCCCGCCCCCUCCUUCAGAACCCCCACCUGCCGGACAGCUCCUCCGCCGGAGGCUCCGCGACUGCGGCGCCCCAUCUCCCCGACCCGUCAGAGGAAGGGACUGACGCCGGCGAGGCCGCUCCUUCAGACCCGCGGGACGAGCAUCUCAUCCAUCCAUGCGUCACUGCCAAACCUGCUUCAGAGCUGCAUGCUGCUCACGGGGAUCUCGAAUGUACAGACGGACAUCUUUCCUUCGCCGCUGACUUGAAGGCGUGUUUGCCGCCAGACUCCUUCCCGUCGAGGCCGUCGGCACCGAUAAACCACGAGGACUAAUGUGGGACGCUGAAGUGGGAGAAGCUGCCGUCGUGUUCUGGACCGACAUCUUCACCAAAAAUGUUUUUUACGCCACGAGGUCCGACAAUCUGAGUAGAACUUUCCAGUCACAGUCUGCUGUGCAAUGUACAUAGAGACGUCCAACCGGGUUUGUUCCAUGGGACGUCUGCUUUUUUAUACCAUGUUGACGGAGUGACCACGGUGAACACACUGGUCCGCUGCGUCGACCAUUGAAGCACUGUGACUCCGCGACUCGAGCCUUUAACAAGUCAGUCACCUCGAGUCAGCUCGGUCGAAUCAUAAAUGUCAUGUGACAUCACUUCCUGUCCAGCCACUCCGAUCCCGCUGCUGUGACAAGUUGUGGGUGGUCGGAAAGUGCCCGGAGGUGCCCUCUUGUGGACACCUCAUAGAAGGUGCAGUCUCACUCUGAAGGGUGCGGAAGUGAAGUCUAAUGCUGCGUGUUUGGAAGCCCUCUUGUGGACAUAAACGUCACAUCACACAUGUGAAAGUAUCCCUGAUGGUGAGGCACCUCAGUCCUGGGGAGUCAGGACUUUUAUUAGUCCUUUCUGAGGCGCCCUCUAGUGGGAACCCUGCUCCCUAGCAUAUUCUAGCAAAGGAAGCGCGGGGUCAGACUGACCGUGUGUAGACUUGUGUGAUCAGAAAGUUGAACCCGGUCCAGAGUCUGGCAGGACUCCUGAACCUGAGAAACCCAUUCCAAUCUCUCGAUGCGUCGACUCUGGUUCCAGUGUGUUCACGGUGUUCCUCUGUUCCCAGUCCGACUCCCCGGCUCUGUUUCGUGUCCUCGAACGGGUUCCAGUCGACGUGUCUCAUCUGAAUGUCUGAAAGAAGCCCGGCGAGCGGCGCCUCUGCUGGAGGGGACAAAGCGCUCCUCACGCGUCGGUGCUCGGAGUGAUCUGAAGUUCUCGGCGGGAAUGUUGGGAUUAUCAUUUUCCAUCUGUGCAUCAAGCUGCCGCCUCAGCCUGCGGCCUGUCUCUCUCUCUCUCUCUCUCUGUCUCUCUGUCUGUCUGUCUCUCCUGAGGUCGAGCUGCAGCGACUCGCGUCCGAGUCUUCGCCGGCUUCAGGUGUUUUCUCCCAGGUCUCUGACAUGACCAACUGGUUUGUGUUUUUGGUGUGAAAAUAUUAAAAAAGAAAGUUGUUUUGCAGUCAGUGUCGUCUUCUGCUGUUGGAGACGAAAUGCUUCCUUCCUUCCUCUGAACUGUGGUCCUUUUGUUUCCACUUUUCUCUGUCUAAUUCACCCUUUUUCCAUGUUUGCCUCACUUUUCUCAAGUCAUCUUUACUUUUAUCUCAUCAUUUUGCAUCACAAUAUUUGUUGUUUUGUCUCAAAUAUUUAUCUUUUUAGAACAUUCCCUCCAUCAAGGUUUCAUCUUUGUUCUCCAAAACUUUUGUGGUGCUUCGAAGAGUUGCCACAACUUUGCCAUUCAUCCUUUGUUCCUGACUGACAGAUCAAGUGUUUGGUGUCAAUCAUCAGAGUGACGGACAGAGAUGAAGGAGGUGAAGAAGAGAGUGCAGGGAGGGUGGACAGCAGAGGCCAUGUUUACAGAGUUGACAUCUCAAAUCUGAAUCAGCCUUUUCAGAACACUUUUCCAGCCCCAAGUUGGUUUUUCAACUUGGUUGGUGUGGUAACCCUAAACAUUAUGACCACCUUUUUCAUGGAAAUAUGUUUUUCACUUGUCCCAAAAAGAAUAGUUUUAAUGCCACAAAAACAUGACGAUGCAACAUUUAGUUUUUCAUUUUUACAGUCCAAAUUAGCGACAUGCUAGUCGCCAAGCUCUCGUCCCAGUUACCCGGGGUCACAGCUGUGCUGAGGAGGCAGCAGAGAACCGAGGCUGUGAUGACAUCGUCAGGACUCUUCUCUGGCUAAUCCGGAUUUCAGGUUCCACUUCAGCGACUGGAAAGUUCUGCAGCUCCAAGAGUUUGAAAGUUCCAGGAAAUGUGAGAUGAAGGGGAUGUGUGUGUGUCACUGUGGACUUGUGUAGCUGUGAAUGCAGCGACAGUGCUGGUCUCUGUGCCGCUGUGUUUGAAUGUGUGUUUGGCUCUGACAAUAUAGUGACGGGACACGGUAAACAUGGACCCUUGUGUGUGUGUGCAGUAGAUUUAUACUUUGUCACUUUACAAUUGUGUGUGUCGGUGAAAGUCAGAGCCUCCAGGGUUUUGUGGAAUUUUAUUGAUAGUUGUGCCCAAAAAUGCCAGACAUUGUGGCAGACUUCAUUUUUAAAAAUUGCAGUGAAAAGCUUUAUGGCUCUGCAACAACGUGACAGGAAAUUUAGCUCUUUGCAAAUAUACUUUUUAAAACAUAAAAAGUAUAUGUUUUUUUUUGCCUAAAAAAGUGCCGGGCUCUAAUGAUUUUCACUGAAUGGUUUUAUUUGCAAAACAUAAUGAGCAUUUCAAAAUGCAGACACAAACAAAAUAAAUAAAUAAAUGUACAUUCUAAAAUAAAACAGUAAAUACAGUGGUACCUCGGUUCUCGACCACAAUCCGUUCCAUAAUGCGGUUCGAGACGUGAUUUGUUUGAAAUCUGAAUCGAUUUUUCCCGUUACAAUAAAAUGCUUUAAACUUUAUAGUUUAAAUCAUUUUGGAUUUUUAUUAUUAAAAUGGUAUCACCGUUUCGGCCUUUUCCAUGUGAGAUACAUUGUAAAAUAUGAAUGUUUAUAUCAAUGACGCAAUUGUUAAAAAAGGAUUUAUCAAAGAUUUAGAAAUUGAAUCAAGUGAAUGUUUUUCACACAAAAAUUAUAGACGUUUUUUCCGUCAUUACAUUCAUGAUUUCAAACAUGAAACAUAUCUGACGAUUGAAUCUUGAACAUGUGUGUGUCGUUUCCUUCCCUUGCUUUGAAGCGCCACCCAAACAUGAAGGCGUCCUAGAUUCUGACCCCUGAGUGAGCAGGAACCUGUCUCGUCCGUUGUUUGACUCAUUGAGGGAAAUGAAAAUAGCUGCGACGUGAAUCGGCCACAGAAGCUGACGCCCGCGGAACCAGUGAGUGAGACACUUCAUCGGAAAAACCAGCGCCUCAAUUUAAUCAGUGAUUUAUAUUAAAAUUGAACGGAUGAAUAAUGAAAGGAAGAAUAAGUCCCCAAACAAUUACUGAUAAGGACGUGCGCUCGCGCGUGCGUGCAUGUGUGUGUGAAACUGUCGAGGGACAAGUCUCUCCAAAAUGACUCUUUCAUAUUUCUCCUCUGUGUGAAAGUGAGAGCAACUUUUCAAA